AGUUAAGCGUUUGUUUUGGAGUAUUUUGAGGGUAAAAUAUCUAACUUCUGGAUCAAUCAUUAUUAUUUAUUCAUCCCUGCGACAUAAGCCGGCUUUUACACGGUUAAGCAAGCCUCUUAGUUUUUUUCAUUUUAAUCUCCCGGUAGUAAUUUCGCCAAUUUAUGGUUUUAAUACUUUAAGACAAAGGUGACAGCGGACAAAAUAUCUGCCUAAUAGUUCUAUAUGACUGCUCAAACCGGUACAUUGACUGAAACCGAAGGUCACCCUACAGCCCAGCCUGCCGCUCCCCCCACGGAAGUGUACCUCGAGACUUCCCCUGACCCCCACAUCCAGACCCAGCCAGCAAUGUCGAUCGCCAGCAUGGCCUACAACCAAUCCACUGUUCUCCCUCCGAACAGUAAGGUGCCUCCAUACUCCGUCAAUGGAAUCAGCUUAUCCUCCCCUAAUGUGGAAAUGAUGCACCCCGCCAUGGGAUACCCUGACAUGUAUAUGUCUUCAGCCUCCAACCCCCGCAAACAGAGGAGAGAGAGGACAACAUUUACCCGCGCCCAGCUAGACAUUCUGGAAUCACUAUUCCAGAAAACCAGAUAUCCAGACAUCUUCAUGAGAGAGGAAGUAGCCCUGAAGAUAAACCUUCCAGAAUCCCGCGUACAGGUUUGGUUUAAGAACAGACGCGCCAAAUGCAGACAACAGCAGAAAGCACAGGAGGGGAAAUCUAAGCCUCCAACCCCAAAGAAGGCGAAAUCACCACCCCCGGCAUCUACCUCCCCCGUCUACUGUAAACCCCCAGUGGUCAGUACGCCCCCUACGAACACGAUGACCAGUCAAUCGUCCAUAUGGAGUCCAGCUUCCAUUCCGCCCGUGCACGACCUUUUGAACUCCAACAGUUGCAUGCAGCGAGGUGGUUACUCUAUGCCAAACACUCAAAAUGCCUCCUACUCUCAUCAAAAUUAUGGACCCUCUAGUUACUAUAGUGACAUGGGCUACCUCAACCACAUGCAACUUCCGGUGAUGUCAAAUCAAAUGAACCAAAUGAACGGAAACCAGGUAUCAUACGGGUCUAUGCCGGCUCCUCAGAUUCCAAGAGCCAAUCACACAGACUGUCUCGAGUACAAGGAUACGUCAUCGUGGCCCAAAUUCCAAGUUCUGUGAUUUUAAAAUUAUUUAUGUUGAUUUGACCAAAUAUGUUAUAUUAACGAUGAGCACAUUCUGAUUCACUGAGUCAACGAUGUGUGCCGACUUUCCGAGGCGCGACUGGUGGAAACCCGCGUCGAUGGUUGUCAUGGAGACACGAAGUCCCACGCACCAGAGGAGCCAGUGUAUGUCUGCGUUCAAAAAUACUGUGCUUUCCCCAAGUGGAUUCGCCAGAAACGUGUUUACAAGUUGUCUCAAAAACUCUCAUCUAUGAUAUUUAAAUGCUGAAGAGUAAACAUUACACAUUUCAUUAAUGUAUGAACUAACCCUCUCUUGUACGUUGUUGACAUGCCGAAAAUUUGCAUUUUCCGUACGCCAUUGUAUGAGUGUGCCAAUGUCUUCUACAUUAAUCACAUGUCAUUUAGCACAAAUCGAGUAACGUAAAUGAAUGGUGCAAUGUCAUAAAUUGUUUUUUUUAAAACAUUAACAGAAUCCAGGCAUAAUAAUUUCUAUCUCAUAGUUUUAUUUGCAGAAUUCAAAGUAUUACAUACGAUGUCGUAUAACUUUCAGCUGUCUCGAUUUGACCGAGAUUGUACGAGAAAAUACUCUCCUUAUAUAUUUUAUGUACACAACAACGAUUUCUGCCUGCAUUGACAAUAUGCGGAUCGGACUUCAGUGAAGCAUAAUUAUAAGUGUACCACGUUGUACUAUUUUGCACGUGUCUGUAUGUCUGUCUGUGAGAAUAACCGAGUGAUU